AUGACGAGCACCAUCGGUAUCCCAAUCAAGCUGCUGAACGAGGCCAUGGGCCAUGUCAUCACCCUCGAAAUCACAUCCGGCCAAGUCUACCGCGGAAAGCUGCUAGAAGCGGAAGACAACAUGAACGUCCAGCUUAAAGAUAUCACCGUCACCGCACGAGACGGAAGAGUUUCGCAUCUCGACCAGGUCUACAUUCGCGGCUCACACGUGCGAUUCUUUAUCGUCCCGGACAUGCUAAGGCACGCUACACCCACAAUGCUCGAGAACAGCGGAGGGCUUAGGCUAACAGGCGUUGCAGGAAUGCGCCGAUGUUCAGAUCCAGGGGUACGAGGGGUAGAGGUGUUGGUUUGGCGAGAGGAAGGGCUACGGUCAACAGGGCGAGGGGGCAGACUCGAGGCCGAGGAUGAAGUGGCAGCUACGGGAGCGGCAUGA